AAUGUCCAGUUAUGCGCUAUAAAACACUGCCGUAGUUUGUCGGUAUAUGACGCAUAAAUACUGUCCACGUUUCUGCUUGUAGCUUGCUGGCUACUUUCUGGUGCUAUGUGACUUUUUUGUUAACUAUCUGGUGUGUUAAUUUGGUUUCUAGUCUGUAGUAAAAGAUGAUGGAUUCUAGUGUUUCCGGCGGCUCAGUGGAAAGGGGUGGAGGGAUGUUGCAGCUCCUAGGAAGGUCUUUGGAGUGUGCCAUCUGUCUAGAACGACUGCGCGUGAAUGACAAUAGAGUGCUGCCAUGCCAACAUACGUAUCAUUUAGACUGUUUAAAGUUGGUUCUAUCGCGUGAUAAGCAACUUACAUGUCCUGAAUGUCGUAGAGUGUCGAAAGUUCCGAUCGACAGACUACUGCCAAACUACACGCUUAAUAAAGUGCUGGAGACUAUGCCAGCAAUGCCACAAUCAUCCUUCGCCAAUUACAACACUUCACAAACAUUAGACAGCAACUCAUACCAAUCAUCAUAUCUUCAACCAUCACAGACAUCUAUUGAAGAUACGUUGUCUUCAGAGAAGCUAUCUGCUACCUCGAAAAGCGGUGCUGAAGGAAUCAAUUACAUGCAACAAGGAAAUCUCUGCAAAGCCAUCUAUCCCUACAAAGCACAACAUCCAAGUUGCUUGUCUUUGAAUGAAGGCGAGGUCGUUAAAGUGCUGGAAAUUCUAGACAACAACUGGCUGAGAGGGGAAGGCGUGUCCAGUUCGAACGAUAGAAGAGUCGGAUUGUUUCCAGCCAAUCACGUUGAAGUAAUCCAUGCCUCUGAAAACAUUCCUCUGUGCACUGCUCUGUUUGAUUUCGAUCAACCGAGUCACAGUCAGCCGACUUCAACCGGCAUGGCGCUACUUAACUUCAAGAAAGACGAGUUGAUAGAAAUUACAGCCAAAAUAGACCAAAAUUGGGCAAAUGGAAGGACUAGAAACGCGUCAGGAAUCUUCCCGCUAAACUUUGUCGCUGUCAAUAACUGCGCUCGUGAAUUGCUGCUCGGAAAGAGUGCUGCAGAAGCAAUAUUGCCAAAUAAAUCAUCAGUCUCGUCGAGUGAUCACUCAGCUAUCAAUAUUAGCACACCGUCAGAUCAAAUUGUGCCUCAAAAGCAUCACCUCAAGUCUUCCUCACUUUCAUUGCAACUUAGACAGUUGUCUUUAAAUGAAUCAGGCGACACAACUGAAACUACUUCUACACACGAAAGGGUUGUUUGUAAGAGCAAUACAAUCAGUGGCUAUCAAUAUGAUAUUGUUGGACAAAACAGACGUCAUAGUGUUAACCCUACGAGAUCAAAUGAAAACUGUUUGGAAGCGAGCAGCAGGAAAUCAUUACAAGUUGAAGAUUAUACAGCAGGCCGAAGUUACGCUACCUCAAAUUACAACGCGUCAUUACCCCGGUUAUUUGUGGCCGUACACGACUAUAAAGCUGUGAGAAAAGACGAAAUUGAUUUGAUAAGAGGCAACACUUAUAUCGUGGAUUCAAUUUGUUCUGAUGGGUGGUACAAAGGUGUACCAGCGUCGACUUUUCAGUCUAGCAGCGGAACAAAUAAUAUUUUCUUGAACAGAGGCGCUUUCCCGGGAAAUUUCCUGGUGCCUGCAGACCUAAAUAAUGAUGAAACUAUGACAAGCAUAGGUGUGCUGACACCUGAGGUUCCAAGCAAGAGUCUUCCAACCACACCCUUCGGAAUGACAGUGCAGCCACCCAGAAGACAUGAUCCAAAUGUGCGUGAAAAAGGAAGCAGGCAACGCAGCCACAGCAAGAGUUCAAGUAACGACACGGAAUGCAAUAACAGUAGAUUGUCAUUAGCGAUGAAAUUUUCGCUUGGAGGUUGUGAAAGAAAAACGGAGUAUCAACAACUAACUUCCACUGAAGAAAAGCAAAGCGACGUACCACCGCCGCCUUCACCUCCGCCAGAUCGAGAGGAUUAUUACGAGCAGUACUCGGGAUUAAUGAAGAGAACAGAGGUUCAGGAAACGCAGCAAACUCGAGAAGAGAUAGAACAUUAUGUAGCCGUAGCUUCAUACCCACCUCAGAACGAAACAGAAGUCGAACUCAUUAUCGGAGACUUAAUCACAGUUCAUAAAAUUCAUGGCGAUGGCUGGCUCUCGGGAACACUGGUCAAAAACGGCAGCAGUGGGCUGCUGCCAGCAUCGUUCGUAGUACCUGUUUCCAGGAAAAGUCAUUCAUCGGCUAGGAAGUCACAGAAAAACAGAUCACAACAUCAAACUUUUUCGGCAUUUUUGUAAAAUAGUUUGCUCACGAAGAAACUGAAUAAUUUUGUAAAUAUAGUAGAUUUACUCAGAAAUUAGUUUGAUAGCAGUUUGAUUCGUAUUAGGUAGUAGUUGUUAGUAAACAAUUUUUAUCAGGCAGUGAAUUAUUCAGGGCAAUUACUUCUGAAAUUCAUCUAUUCUUAAAUGUUUAAACAAGAAAUAUACCAUUUAUCUGUACAAAUGAUGGUGACAAAUAUUUAAAUAACUCGU